CGCUGUGCGCGCGACGCUACAUCGAUUUUUCCCUACAAACAAGCCAUUUUCAACCAUCAGUGACAUUGUAAACACGUUUCACACAACUAGUUGCGCCCCCGAACGACACGAGACGAUGUUAUCGGUGCAUUGCUAAUGUUUUUUUAAUCAAUGAUGCGUCAAUUUUCGCCGCCAAAAGAAUAAUGGCUGCAGAAAAUAAAGUUGAAAGUGAAGCGGACGAGAUGUCGGCCGCCGCGGCCGCGGAUCCUAGCGCGGAGCAGAAGGAACGUCUUAUCGCCGCCGUUAAAAAGGAAGUCAAGCAGUUGAUGGAAGAGGCUGUGACACGAAAAUUCGUGCAUGAGGAGAGCGGUGGUGUUACGGCGCUGUGCGGCGCAGUGGAGGCCUGUCUCGGACAGGGGCUUCGUAGACGCGCCCUCGGACUGUUUAAGACUAGCUCGACUACCGCACUACUUCAUAAGAUUGCUAAGCACUGUCCGGAAGCGGCGUUGGUGUCGGCGCGCGUGCUGUCAGCUGAGGGCGCGCCGGCGACUCGCUCCGCGUCUGGGGUGGAGCGUCGCCCCUCCGUGCCCCGCCCGCCCCUCAACAAGCGCGGCUCCGGCUCUCUACUGUCGCAAACGCCGACACAAUCACGUUACCUUUGGAUACGUAUCGCUCUCUUUGAGAGGCAGUUGGCGAAGAUAAUCGAGCACUUAGUGAACAACGCGACGAGGUACUACGAAAGAGACGCAUUAGUAGCCGAUCCGGAUUACGGCAGUAUACUGAGCUCAUUAUUGGUAGGACCUUGCGCUCUAGAAUAUUCUAAAGCAAAAGCUCCUGUUUGUUUCUGGUCAGACCCACCAGCUGAUGAAUUGGUGCAAAGGCAUCGCAUGUCGGCCGGUACAACAACGCCACCUUCAGUACGACGACCGAUACUUAAUUUUAGAAGAAGUUUGAACGCUUCAUCGGAGGAUACGAGCGGCUCAAGUGCAGCUACAGGCAGUGCGACAGGUUCAAGUGCCAAAGACUACGUGGAGAGCUUACAUCAAAAUUCUCGAGCGACUUUAUUGUAUGGAAAAAAUAACGUCCGCGUUCAACCAAAAGAUGUUGAAGAACCAAUGCCUGGGUAUUUGAGUUUGCACCAAACAGCGGCCGGUCUUGUUAUUAAGUGGACUCCGAAUCAACUUAUGAACGGAUAUGCAGAGAGUGAAGGAGUUGAUAAAAGCGUGUACUGGGCGAUGUCACUGCAAGUGUGUGUGUGGGAGGUGGUCUACGUGCACGUGCACCGAGCACGCGCAAGUGACGCUCUCAUACUUGUGGGACAAGAUGGCGUCCAACGGCCGCCAAUACACUUUCCCAAAGGUGGUCACCUUCUUUCGUUCCUGAGUAAUUUGGAAACUGGUCUUCUACCUCAUGGUCAGUUAGACCCACCACUUUGGUCGCAAAGGGGAACUGGCAAGGUAUUUGGUCGUGGUAAGAGUCGACGACGACCGAUGCCGAGUCUCUGUGAGAGUGGCGAGACGGAGGAGACCGAAUGGGAGGAUGUGGCUGGAGACUACGUGUUCCGUAUUGUCAAUAAUGCAAUCGCAGAUAGAGAAGCGAUGCGUCACUCACUACUAGAGCGUGCGGUGCAGUCACCUCCGAGGACGCCUCGACGUCCGCUCGCAUCAACAUCUACUACGUCAUCGGACUCAUCCACAAUGUCUGUAGACUGUCCGCCCUCGGCCAUCAUCAAUGGACAACCACCACUCACGCCAGCGCAGAUACCUCCUAUUGAACAGACUGCGUCGAUCGAGCUGGUCUGUAGUACGAUGCGUCGACAGAUAAUAUCACGAGCGUUUUACGGCUGGCUUGCGUAUUGCAGACAUUUGUCUACAGUACGGACUCAUCUUAGUGGCUUAGUCCAUCCUAAUAUCGUUCCUACAGAUGGCGCUGAGUCUGGUCUGACUGAGGAGAUAUGGCUAUCUAUGAUGGACGAGAACGGCGCAGUGCACAACGGUGACGAGAUCUACCGGCUCGUGUACUACGGCGGCGUGCAGCAAAACAUUCGUCGCGACGUCUGGCCUUAUCUGCUAGGAUAUUACGAAUUCGGCUCAACAUCUGAGCAAAGAAAUGAACAAGACGCGGCUUGUAGACGUCAGUACGAGACCACGAUGUCCGAGUGGCUUUGUGUGGAAGCCAUCGUGAAACAACGCGACAGAGAAGCCACUGCUGCCUCUAUAGCACGGCUCACUGAGGCUGCAGGAAGAGCUACAACUGCAGCUGUGGAAACCGGUGAUGUAUUCGAAGACGACUGCAGUGUCAUAUCUGACAAUCCACCAAUCGUAUCCCCAGAACCGAGUGAAAGAGAACACAAGCCUGAAGGCAAGCCAGUGCUUUCUCGAGCACCGAGCAUAGACGAAGUUGAAAAUAUCGAAAUGGAUUCAGAAGAGAAAAGAAGAAACGAAAGCAAAGUUAACGGAGAGACUGAUGGAACCAGUGAUAGCAAAGAGCCUGUAGAUGUAGACAGUUUAAAUGAUAUCGACGAUGACGAAGUAUAUAUUAAGAGUGUCGUAGAAAAUCCUGACAUGCGAAGGGAAAGUAUAGCUGAAAUUAAAAGGCUGGCAGAGGGCAUUGUUCAGAAGGGUGAUGGUAGGGGAUUAUUAUGCAGCGUGGAUAGUGGUAAUAUGACGAUGAAUGGUAACGACGUAAAGUCCUCGAUGGAAGAAAUCCAGUCACCACAACAAAAGCACGCCAGUGUGAUAAUAACCAAUCCUUCCGUGGAUUUAGCUGCUUCUGGAUCACCUGCAUCCGGUGGUACAACUGCUAACGUGAGUCCUGCCCGAAGUCCUUUGGGUGUGGUUCGCGAGGAAUCCCACUCGGCAGGUGCAUCGUUCGAUACUUUGGAGCCGAGUGGAGAUGCGCGGCCUGACAAUAGGUCAAAUUGCGUUUCCCCAGCUAGCUCCAAUGGUGGUGUUUACUCGAACGAGUUGGUGGAAAGUUUCGCUUUGAACUUACAUCGAAUAGAAAAAGAUGUACAGAGAUGCGAUAGAAACUACCCAUUCUUCACCGACGAGAACUUAGAUAAAUUGAGAAAUAUUAUGUGCACAUACGUGUGGGAGCACUUGGAGACAGGAUACAUGCAGGGCAUGUGCGACCUGGCCGCGCCGCUGCUGGUCACAAUGCGCGAGGAGGCCGCCGCGCACGCGCUCUUCUCCCGCCUCAUGCGCCGUGCUAAAGACAACUUCCCAACCGGACAGGCGAUGGAUGCGCACUUUGCGGAUAUGCGAUCAUUAAUUCAAAUCCUGGACUGCGAGCUGUACGAAUUGAUGCACGCGCACGGAGAUUACACGCACUUCUACUUUUGCUACCGCUGGUUCCUUCUCGACUUUAAGCGAGAACUGCUCUAUCAAGACGUGUUCGCGGCGUGGGAGCUGAUCUGGGCGGCGCGGCACGUGGCCUCCGAGCACAUGGUGUUGUUCAUAGCCCUAGCACUGCUCGAGACAUACCGUGACGUCAUCCUCGCCAAUUCAAUGGAUUUUACUGAUAUCAUCAAGUUCUUUAAUGAAAUGGCGGAACGUCACGACGCGUCUGCGGUACUUGCUUUAGCGAGGGAUCUAGUGUUACAAGUCCAAACACUAAUAGAGAACAAAUAAAUAUUAUAUCCUUAUAUUAAGAAUAGAUAAAUUAACUUGACGAAAAUAACUAGCCGUACGAAUGUAUGAGAGAUGUUAUGUCUUUAGAAGUAACACUUCUUU